AACCAUAGGUUAACCUACAGUGUGCGAAAUAUCAACGGCUAUCUCUUUGGGAAAGGAAAGGAUAAAAGAUAGCGAAUAACGUUUAUCGUCCUGUGAGUCAUAUACUUCUCAAGUCGUGCUAUUCUGGUUAACAAACAAAUCACUUGAUUCCAUUGUGCGCGAUUAUUAUGAACGCCGGCUGGAAAAUAUAAACAAUGGAAGGAAAUGCUUCGUCCAACGAAGAUGCGAUAGGAAAAUGUAGUGCAUGGUUAGAAAGUUGUUCUAUUGAUAGUUGUGAAACAAGUUCGUGCUACAGUGAUAUAUCAGCUUCUUCUGAUGUUACUUCCUCAUCGAGCAACACGAAUAAUUCAGCAAUGCCUAGUGGAUUUACGUUCCUCACGAAUGAAACAACAGUAGGAAAUUUCUUAGUAGAUAAGACCCAUAAUAACUCUCAACUUCUUCAACUAUCAACGAUAAUAGAAAAAAAUAAGAUACCUGAAAAUAGUAAAAUUCAGAUUUAUAAGUCGAGGAAGGUACAUAUUGGGGACGUAAAUUACAUUCAAGGUCCAAUUUAUGUAAAUAACACUCAACAAAAACCAUCAGAAGAGGAAAACAAAGGGAAAAAGACAAUAUCGAAUAUACCAGCUCCUUUCUUCAUAACCGAAAGAAAAAAUUGGCUGGCCCAGCCACCACUAGAAAAAAAUUUCUUGAAGGAAUCUGCUAAGCACGUUAUAAUCUGUCACUCAGCAACCGAAGAAGCUUUCACGAUAGCAGAAAAUGUACUCCUUGUAAGGCUCAUCCAGAGUUUCCACAUGGAUUCUCGCAAAUGGUCCGACAUUGGCUACAAUUUCCUUAUAGGUGGGGAUGGCUCGAUAUUCGAAGGUCGAGGCUGGAACGUAAUCGGGGCCCAUACUAGAGGGUACAAUAUGAUAUCAUUAGGUAUCUGUUUUAUCGGUACUUUCAUACUUAACAGUCCAAGUCAAAAUGCCUUGGCAAACGCGAAAAGCCUAAUUGAAUAUGGUGUAUCGAUUGGUGCAGUUAGUGAAGAUUAUUCUGUGCUGGGACAUUGUCAAUGUAUUGGAACAGAGAGCCCUGGGGAAGCGCUUUUCAAUGAGAUAAAGACAUGGAAAAAUUUCGAUGGUUCCAUUACCUUGAGGAAUCCCUCGAUGGCAUUGCCUUCAUUAAAAAAUGCAGACCGUUUAUCUGUUCCUUAACAAAUUGCUCAUGAGCGUGUAGUAGGUACCUUCAGAGAAGGGUCAUUAUUAAAUAAAAAUUUGUUUUAUAUACAUCAAGAUUUUAGGAACGUAUUUUUCUCAUCAUUAUGUCUGUGAAUAUGUUUCGUUGCAGAUCUACUACAGUUUUUCAUUUUUUCCUUCAUAGUUUUUUUGACAAAUCAAUUGUAAUAAAUAUAGAUCAUUUCCGCCCAAUAUAUUUGUUUAGAUGCUCCGCCAGUGGAUUCUGAAUAACGAAGUAAAUGUUUGUUUUGUUUAUGAAUUUGUUAACUUUUUGUUAUUAGAACGCAUCUGCCAAAAAGAAGAAAUCAAUUCUCACAAUGAAUACAACAAACAAUACUUAUUUGGUUAUUUGGUUACUAGGACAGCCAGGGGGAUUCUAUUCUAUGAUUCGAUUACGAAUAAUCGAAUCGAUCGACAAUUCUACUUCUCGAUUCCAUCUUGACAACCAGAUUUUUUUUUCAAAUUCUUUUGUCUAGUUCUCUCCAAAUAAUUUAAUUUUUUUAAUUAUUUUCCAUUUUUUCAUUAAUAAUCUCAAUAUCUUUCAAAGAAAAGGAUUGCCCAUUGGGAAUUGAAUUAAAAAUUGUAGCCAAAAGCCCACUUUUUUAUUAUUUCGUUGGGAAAUGUAUCUAUGUAGGUAAUUAAUAACGUAGAGAAUUACAAAAAAUGAUUUCAUUUUCUUUAGAUAACGAACAAGAGAUAAAAGAAGUUUAUAGACAAAACAAAUCAUUUUGGGCUAUACACGCUAUACAAAAGAAAAUAUGAACUAACAAAAGGAUUGAAGUAUCCCUGAAAAAUAUAUCUCCCUAUAUAAAUUUUUAUAUUCAUUUGGCAUACUAGAUGAAAAACACCAUGAUAUUUCAAAUUUUGAGUUAAAAUCUGUACAAACUAUGAAAAAUAUUGAAACUCAAACAUUAUGUAGGACUAGGUCGAAAACGAAACGAUGAAUAGGUACUCAUGUUUAUUGAAAAAAAAUCUUAUCUCAAAUACGCCUCUAAAAUCUUGAUAAUGAAUUUCGAAAUAUUAUAUAUAUUAUUAUAUAUUUUCCUCUAGGUAACCAUAAACAUUUAAAUCUCUUUAUUGUUGUGUAUAUUAUUGAUAUUGUUAGGCGCCAGUUAAUAAAUCUUGUUCAGCACUAUAAUAAUCCUUGUUUACCAUUUGGUUGAAUUUGUUCUAAUGUGCCAAAAAAUUAUAGGAGAAAUCUCAUGUAUACAUUAAGUAAUCUAAGACUUCUAUCUUUAUAAAAAUUUUAUGAUUAGAAAAAUACAUUCUAAUGUUAUAUAA